UUUUUUCCCCCCUCAUCUCUCGCCUGCUGUCAAGUGAGCUUCUAAAAAAAACGCUUGCUGGCAGUUUUUUUUAAAGCAUCUUGAUGAUGGCGGAGGACAGUGAGUCCGCAGCCAGCCAGCAGAGCCUGGAGCUGGACGACCAGGAUACAUGUGGGAUAGACGGAGACAAUGAGGAGGAGAAUGAGCAUUUGCAGGGCAGUCCUGGGGGAGACCUGGGGGCUAAGAGGAAGAAGAAGAAGCAGAAGAGGAAAAAGGAGAAGCCCAGUGCGGGUUCCGGAGCCAAAUCUGACUCUGCUUCUGACUCUCAGGAAAUCAAGAACCCUGGCUUGCCCAUUCAGAAGCUUCAGGACAUCCAAAGAGCCAUGGAACUGCUGUCCUGUCAGGGUCCAGCAAAGAGUAUCGAUGAGGCGACCAAGCACAAAUAUCAGUUCUGGGACACGCAGCCUGUCCCAAAGUUAAAUGAAGUUGUGACAAGCCACGGUCCAAUCGAAGCUGACAAAGAGAACAUCAGGCAGGAACCAUAUUCUUUACCUCAAGGCUUUAUGUGGGACACUUUGGAUCUCAGUAAUGCAGAUGUAUUGAAAGAGUUGUACACGUUGUUAAAUGAGAACUAUGUGGAGGACGAUGACAACAUGUUCAGAUUUGAUUAUUCCCCAAGCUUUCUCAAGUGGGCUCUCCGGCCACCUGGUUGGUUACCGCAGUGGCACUGUGGAGUAAGAGUGUCCUCUAAUAAGAAGCUUGUUGGAUUCAUCAGUGCCAUCCCUGCAGACAUCCGCGUCUAUGACACGAUAAAGAAGAUGGUAGAAAUCAACUUCCUCUGUGUUCAUAAGAAGCUGCGUUCGAAGCGUGUUGCUCCCGUGUUGAUCCGAGAGAUAACACGAAGGGUGAACCUGGAGGGUAUAUUCCAGGCGGUAUAUACAGCUGGAGUUGUGCUGCCUAAACCCGUGUCUACAUGCAGGUAUUGGCAUCGUUCAUUGAACCCCAGGAAACUGGUGGAAGUGAAGUUCUCCCAUCUUAGCAGAAACAUGACCCUGCAACGAACCAUGAAGCUUUACAGGCUACCAGAUAGCACCAAAACUCGAGGCCUACGGCCGAUGGAGAGGCGUGACCUUCCCCAGGUCACCGAGCUGUUACAGAAGUACCUGAGACGCUUCCAUCUGGCACCUUCCAUGGGAGAAGAAGAGGUCGCUCAUUGGUUCCUGCCACAGGAAAACAUAAUUGACACAUAUGUUGUAGAGACUGCAGGUGGCGUACUGACAGAUUUCACUAGUUUCUACACUUUGCCCUCUACUGUGAUGCACCAUCCUCUACAUAGGAGCCUGAAGGCAGCUUACUCAUUCUACAGUGUUCAUACACAAACCCCACUACUGGACUUAAUGAAUGAUGCUCUGAUCCUGGCAAAACUGAAAGGGUUCGAUGUUUUCAACGCCUUGGAUCUGAUGGAGAAUAAGAUGUUUCUGGAGAAGCUGAAGUUUGGCAUAGGAGACGGAAACCUGCAGUAUUACCUCUACAACUGGAAAUGUCCCCCGAUGGACACUGAUAAGGUUGGCCUCGUUCUUCAGUAGCAGCUCUUCUCAUGGCUGCUCCACAAACAGGCGGCGGAUUUCUGGCCUCCUCACUUGGACCUGCGGGUCGCCCCGAGCUCAGCAGUGAAAACUUCAAGUCAACCAACCUCGAGACUAAGUGGUGGUACCGUUAAGAACUUAUGCAGUCCACCCAGAGGGGAAAACUCUUCAAUUAUCAUCCUGAAUGUGAAGUCAUGCUAUGCCUGAGAUAUCCUUGCAGAACAACUCUGUUGACAUGCUCUCCUGGUCCUAAAACCCAACAGUCAGACUAUCCAGAGGAUGCCUUGGCAUUGUGAAUUUUGUUUCUAUUUCUUCAUUCUUUACAGACAUUGUCACCAAGGGGCUGGUAUUAAAUACAUUCUCUUGUAAAUGAUACUCCAUGAGGCACAUUUACCAAUUUACAUCCAGUUUAUCCUCUGCAAUCAAGCCACUGCUCCAUGUACCUGUUUUCAUAUCACUUUGGUCCGUCAUGUGUCUCUGCUGGCGUUUUCGGGCCCAUGUAGGAUUAGAAACUUUAAAGAAGGUGUUUCUAACCCAAAAAGAAAAGCCUUUUUUCCUUCAGUAAUUCCCCCCCAAAGGUGUCUCAUAGAACAUCAAAACUGUAAGAUAUAGUUUACAUUGAAAACAACACCACAUGUAUCCCUGUAGUCUAAGUUGCAGGUGAGGGCUCAUCUAAAAAUGUUAAGUUAUGUAGAAGUCUGUGUUUUGUUUUGUUUUUUUAUUGGAGAAUGUACUGCAUUGAUGAAGCACAAUUUUACAAACAGGUCAAAUGGUUUUCUGAUCCUAAACGUUUGGUUAUUGAGAAAUGGUGGGAGCUGGUUUCAGGUUAUAAAGGAGACUUUUUUUUUUUUUGUAGUCUAGCAUUUAACUGAUACAUGUGGUAGCGUUUACUAUUGCACUCCAUCUUUGUUGGUUUGGUUACACUUUAGCGUUGGGGAUAAAAGGCAGGAUAUUUGACUUGAGAUUUUGUAUAAAUUAACAUGUGUGAAAAGAGUAUAAUAGCUUAAUGGCCUAUUGGAUCUAAAAGGGAAUAAUUAAUAAAACACAAUCUAUUCAGUUGAUUUAGCCUUUGCCACUUGCAGAGUAUUUCUCUGUUGCAAAGAAUCUAGUGUGAAGUGGCCAAUGGUUCAGAAGUGCAAUAUAUAUAAAUACAUUUAAAGCCAACAGUUUGAUAAUCUGAACCUAGGUCAUGAAUUGUAUGUUCUAACAAGGAAAAGUUUGGGAAUUCUUUAAAUCAACAAGUGUUCCAUGUUUUCAUAUUUUUCUUGACUUUCUGAGUUUAUUUAAAUUUGUCAGGCAUAAAACGAUAUAGUGUUCAUUUUGUUUUAGUGUGUUGUGCAGCUAAAUGUGUAAAAGUUGUGAUAUUUGUUAAUAUUAGACGUCAGCUUCAACUCUCACUUUACUCAUACUUUUUUUGAGAGUUUAGCAGUUCUGUGUGCUCCGACAAGCAAAAGUUUUGACAACCACUUGUUCUAAGGUGGAGUGUGUUUUUAUCAAAGCCUAAUUGUUUUACAUUCUUAAUGUUUGUGGCUCUGCAAAACAUAAAAAAGGUUCCAUCUGUUUUUCAUUUUUGAGAAAUCUUUUUGUAUUUGUGUUUUUCUCUCAUUCCAUUUGGAUCGUCCAGAUCAGGACAAAAACGUCAGUAAAUUCUCUGGGACUAAGGAAUGAAUUUAUUUCACAAAGACAUGCUAUUGUCAUUGAUUUAUAAGUCUGAAAUCCAGUUGCUGCAUCAACGGUGUGCCUGGUGAAGCCUGCAGCAGCUCAGAUGAACUUGUUGGUUCCGCUGCCAUGUUGACGCCAUCAUAAAUGUUUUCCAGUCAGACUUGAAGUGGCUGCAACACUCACCUUUUUUUUUUUUUUUUUUUUUUUUUUUUUUUUAAGAUUUUCCUCACAUCUUUGAAGGUGGUGUGAUGAGUGUCUUUGAAAUAACAUCCAGUCAAACUGAAGAACAAUGUUUUUAUUUUGAACCAUUGUAAACUGUGAACAAGCUGAAAAACCUGUACCAGCAUCAUUUAGGCAUAAAACCCAGUAAAAAUACCAGUCUGUUACAACACCUCAGCUAUACCAGCAUGGAUAUUUGAUUGAAUAAACUCAAACUUUAAAAAAAGAA